CUUGAACCAAGCGGACGUUUUAUUUUCUUUCCGUUUCAUUUCUUCCGAACUUUAGAUUAGAUCGCGAACUCACACAAACUUUUUUUUACAACCCCAAAAACAGUUUCUGUGUGCCAGGAAAAUUAAAAAGUUAUGAGGUGCUCUCUUUGCCUUCUCGGUGUCAAAUUGUGUGUUCUUUUUUUUUUAAAGUGCUAGUGUAGUGUAACUUUUUAAAUAAUGAAUGGUGUGGAAACCGAACGGAGGCAGGAAAAGGCGGGAAUAUGUGACAAACACUCCGCCUUGGACGUGUCCUCAGCGACCAGGGAUCACGAUACACGAUGGCCAAAUGCUGACAGUAACAGACUAUCAACAUACCAAGCCAGCGGUGACCGGUCGACGCUGCUCCGCGCGCACGCAGCCAAGUCAGCGGAAUGCGGGGGCCAGGGCUCCCCGCGCCCCCGCCGGCUCCCCCGCGAGUCCCGGAGGGUCUCCCUGGCCCAGGCCUCGGGAUACGUCCAGCUGAACCAGUAUAGAUUGCUGGAGCCUAUAGGACAGGGUUCAUAUGGAAUUGUUAAGUUAGCUUAUAAUGAAGAAGACGAUACACAUUAUGCAAUGAAAAUUCUAUCAAAACGGAAGCUGAUGAGAAGAGCCGGUCUGUUCGGCCGGGCGCCCCCCCGGAGACCGGGGCCCGGCCCGCCGCCUGACCCGCUGCAGAGGGUCUACCGGGAGAUCGCGGUGCUGAAGAAGCUGGACCACCCCAAUGUAGUUAAACUGGUCGAGGUCCUGGACGAUCCAGCGGAAGACCAGUUGUACUUGGUGUUUCAACUGCUGGAAGGAGGUCCAGUGAUCGACAUCCCGACAGACCACCCUCACAGCGAGCAGCUGGCCAGGAGGUACUUCAGGGACGCCCUGCUAGGAGUCGAGUACUUGCACUACCAACGUAUAGCUCACCGGGACAUCAAGCCAGCCAAUUUACUCCUGGGGGAAGGCCGGGUGCAGGUCGCUGACCUCGGCGCCUGCGGGGAGCUGGCCGAGGGGAGGGGGAGGCUGUCCGGGGCGGUGGGCACCCCGGCCUUUAGGGCUCCGGAGGCGGCGGCGUCAGCUGACAAAUAUGAUGGCGAGGCGGCAGACAUCUGGUCCCUGGGCGUGACGCUCUACGCGAUGGUGACGGGUCGGGUGCCGUGGGUCGGCGCCACGGCAGCCGAGCUCCAGAAGAGAGUCCUGACUGAACCCCUCACCUUCCCCCCGAGGCCGCAGCUGACCAGCCAGCUACAGCAUUUGCUUGGCAGGAUGCUGGAUAAGAACCCGGCCACGAGGGCCACCAUGCAGGAGAUCAAGGAACACCCUUGGGUGACAUCAGACGGAUCUGAACCGCUGCCCUCGGAGCAGGAGAACUGCCGGCUGGUGGAGGUGACCGACGAGGACCUGGAGCGCGUGGUCACCUCCAUCCCCAACCUCUCCACGCUCAUCCUCAUCAAGACCAUGCUCAAGAAACAUAGCUUCCAGAAUCCGUUCCUGCGCAGUCGUGAAGGCAGCACGGCGCGCCGGGAAUCGAACGCGCGACCCGAGAUUGAGAAGACGGCCGCGGCGAGGCGCGCCGGUCUCGCCCGCGCCGGCCGCUCCUUGUCGGCGCCUGGGAACUAUCUUACUGACCGGCAACAAUCCUUCGAAAUCGGCCUGGAGUCAGUCCAAGAGAGCAACGCGGACAAGGAGACGCCUUCCUCGUCAGCUCGGGCCAAGGAGCCGGAGCGCGGGCAGUCCGCGCGGUGAUACGGCUGGGCCGGCGGGGCCCCUUGCCCUGGGCUCUGUCCAGCUUUCUUGUGGAGAUUUUGACCUUGAAGAUUGAACCUGAGACUUCGAAAACCGCGAUUUUGGACCCAAGACUUCGUACCAUAGAAUUCGAAAUAAAAUAAGACGAUAGAAGUGGUAAUUGGUGAAUUUGUCGUUGCAAACGAUGGUAAUCACCAAUAAAGAUUUUAUAUUUUAUGCCAGUAAGUUUAUCAUUUUUAAAAUUGCGCAUUAAUCUGUAUGCAUUGCAAAAGACAUCGUUAUGAUGCUUUAAGUACAGUAUGGCAUUUCUAUUGAAUAGUUUACUCGAAUUUCUAUGCUUCCUAUGAGUGAACGUUUCUACUAGCUUGGACCUAAGACUUCGUACGAGUCAUUUUACUCUCGUAUUCGCGCGACUAAAUGAAAUUUUCUAAGAAAUAUAGUUAUUAGACACAAAAGCAAGCUUCAUAAGCUCUAAUUUUCAUUUUUAUAAAUACUUUAAUGGAACAAAAAUGUUCACAAUUAUUGUCACUACAUGCAAGAAAAAAAACAUCGGUUCUCAUUUGUCGUCUAUUUCUAAAAACUUGAGUAGGUACAAAGAUAAUAUUUCUUUAAAUAUAGCCGUGUAUUACCAAGUUCUCCUCUCGAGCGUACAAAUUGAAGAUUUAUUUCAACAUUUACAAAGAAAAGGACUAUACCUGAUUGUUUUAUACUUUCUUCUUGUUGCCAACAAAUAAGUUAUUUCAAUUCAUAACUGGAACAAAAGUCACUGAAUAUUUCACUUCGUUGAGAACGGUUUUUGUGAUUUUUUUUUUUCUUUUGAGAACUUCGAUGUUAUUUUUCUUUGAAAUACUUCCUAAGUUUCCGAGACUGGCAAAUGUCUACUUAAGAAUAAAAUUAAAGUUGCUUUUAUAUGUUAUCGUGUUAUACAUUGUUUUAAUUAAUAAUUUAAACUUUUUAAGCGUUUCGUUACUUAUAUUUAUUCUACGUUGUGAAGUUAUAAUAGCUAUGUGCUUAAAGUUGAAUGUUUUAAUUGCAUUUGUACAAAAACUUCAGAAAUGUUUUGGCCGGGACAAAGGUUAGUUCAACGUAUGAUUUUUCGUUUACCUUCUAUUCUGAUACUUGGCUUAUAAUUAUUAAGAUUUAAUAAGGAAAGAUCCUUCUCGAGGCAAAAUAACUUAGAUACUAAUUUUAGUCAAACUAUUUAACAAAAUGUUCUCGGAACACUACGGAGUUAUUAAUGAGAAACGUAUUGUUGUUGCUUCUUUUACUAUAUCACGGUGUUGUUUAUUUUCCUAAAACUUUAAAAACUUCCAAUUUCGUAAUAUUUUUUAUUAAAUACCAAUUUAAUUUUUUUUUUCGUGUCAAUUUUUUAAGAAUUUUACUCAAUCGGCGACUUGAUGAACCCCCUAAAUAUAUGUAUAUUCCAACAGGAACCCUAGUACGAUUGCAAUUGAUAGCAAACUAGUCGGGAAUUAAAUUAUAUUUUUUUAUCUAGUGAAUAGAUAUGUGUACAUAAUUUUUAUCCGAGUUCUUUCUAGCCUUUAGUUCAUUUUUAGGUACCGAAAUAAAGGAUAAUCUUGAUAAGAAUUUUUAUUGCGGAACACAUUCAUAAAUUAAUUUAUAGCCAUUAGAAGGCAAAGAAAAAUGAAAUAACAGAUUUCUUAAUAUAAUAUAUUAAGUACUUUUGCUGUUAACUAGUUUAUUUUAUUUAAACAGUUUAUUUUAGGAGCGUAUUUUUAUUUUUUUAAAGAUGGUUAAUCUUUAUUUCAGUAGUCUCCUACUCGCCUACUCCUACUCCGCCCCAUUAAACGAAUUUAUAUAUAAUAUUUAUAACGUGACAUUUCAGCAAAAAAUAACGCUUAGGGUAUAAUGUCAGCGUUUUAAUUAUCCUACGCGAUCGCAAUGAAGACACUAUGGACUAUAAAAUUAAAUCAAACAUAUAUAUCUGGUACUAAAAAUGACCAUUAAAAUGCUAAAACUGUAUUUUUAUGGUCAUUUUUAGUACCAGAAAUUAAUUUGUUUAAAUGCUAUUUUUUAUCUACUUAAGCUAUUUUUAAUAUGUAAGAAUAAUUUUAUAAUUAAACAAAGUUUCAUAGAUUGUCUUCAAAUUCGUUUAUGGCGGGGGAAAAUAAUGAUAAUUAAUUAAUUAACAUAGGAAUUGUAAAUAUUUUUCCAUCUUUAUUAAUUAAUUCCUAGAAAUAAUAAAUGCACUUAAAUAUUUUUUAAUUACGUACGCCGUAUGUUUGUACGUGUUGUUUAGAAAUUAAUUCCUUAAACAAUAGGAUUAUAUGAAAAACGAUUUUAAUGGCAUUUUCUAAAUUUUGUCCUUUAUUGUUGUAUAUAACACUUAAUAUUUAGAAAUUAAUUCAUAUAAAAUUGCUCAAUUCUCGUCAAUAUGUAAAUAGCUUAAUAUUUCCUUUUGUAAAAAAAAAAUAUAUAUAUAAAUAAUUUAAUAUUCUAGUCCUAGAUAUUAUACCUACGAUGUAAAUCUGACCCUGGCCUACUACUUAAAGUGGUGUGACUUCGCUAUGAUGGAGAAACCUGAGUCAGUUCAUUGAAAGACUUUUAUCUCUGUAAAUAAAGCAAAAUGUAGAAAAAUUGUCACGAUGAUUUACCAUUUUUUUAUUGUAUUAAUACACAAAUUUUGCUUUAAUACUUAAUUAGUUACACCCUAUUGAAGAUGCCCACUUCAUUACUAUAUCUGCAUAAUUUAUAUAGAGCUUAUCUACAUUAUUAUCUUAUAGAUUUGUGCACAAUGCGUAUGUACUAUACGUAUUUACUAAAAAUAUAUCAUAAAUACCUAAUUCAAUUUUCUUUUGUAAAACACUUUCAAAUGUUGACUUUACAGAUAAAUGAUGGUCUUAAAAUGUACAGCACAAAACACAAUAUUGCACACAAAGGCUAAACUAUUACCGUUUAACGACGAAAUUAACUGUGUUUUUCAAUCUAGUUACAUUUUCUCUCUCUCAAAGUAAAACACUUCAGAAAUAAAGCGUAUGUAUAAAUUAAUAUAUACUUAUCUAAGAAAAGAAGCAUCCAAGAGACACAAUAAUUUAAUAAAAAUGUCCAAAACAUUAUCUCCUAUUCCGGAUCGCCAUCCAUCAUCAGCUUUGUGAACUGGCGCUGUCAAAACGCCAGCCAUUUUGAAAGUGUUGAUUAUGGCCUGUUAUCGUAAGGACGACCAAUUUUCCAUGAGAAAUUAGCUUUAUUUACAUUUUGAUAAGCGAAACUUUGUCCCUAAUUAUAUUUUCUUGUUAAAUUAUCAUUACACUUGGGAGGCUUCGUUCGUGAGGGCGAAAUGUAUUUAUAAACAAACUUCAAACAAAGUGUAUUUAAGAA